ACGACCAUAGCAGGUGUUUAUGCACUAGAGAGCACUCUUCAUUCUUCAAGGAUCAAACAUAUAUGGCUACACUAACUACUGCUUUCGUCCCUUCUAAGCUUAACCCAUUGCAUUCGGGGUACCAAGUCUCUCCAUUUGCACACAUAACACCACUAAGGAAGAAAAUUAACCAACCAGUUGCUAGAUUGUUUGGGCCAGCCAUCUUUGAAGUGUCGAAGUUGGAGGUUUUAUUCUUAGGAAUGGACCAAAAGAAACACCCCGCGGAUCUUCCAAGGACUUACACGCUAACCCAUUCUGACAUUACCUCUAAAAUCACUCUCUCCAUCUCGCAGACCAUAAACAACUCUCAGGGUAUGCCACAACUAAUGGAUGGUGGCUGUGACUCCUACAAAAACAGAGCAUGGACCAACACCGGCCUCGACACACGACAGUUGCAAGGGUGGUACAAUAAAUUACAAAGGGAUGAAGUGGUAGCACAUUGGAGGAAAAUAAAGGGGAAAAUGUCUCUGCACGUUCACCUCCAUGUCAGUGGAGGCCAUUUUCUAUUAGAUAUGUGUGCUAGCAUUAGAUACUUCAUCUUCCGCAAAGAGCUUCCAGUGGUAUUGAACGCCUUCAGUCACGGUGAUAAAAACUUGUUCAAGGACUACCCAGAAUUGCAUGAUGCAUUGGUUUGGGUUUACUUUCACUCAAAUAUUUCAGAAUUCAACAAGGUAGAAUGUUGGGGUCCAUUGAAAGAUGCAUGUGCAUUCCCGAGUGGGUCCCAUGAAGUAGUUAUCGAUGGUGCACCACAGUCGUGCCAAGAAAAUUGUGAAUGUUGCUUUAUACCGAUGAGCUCAAUCACAUGGUCUCAAGAGCUUCUUGGGCACGAUCGAGCAUGAAAUCUUGUGAUGGGAUUAGGAAUUACCCCACACAACUUGUAAUGUUUCAAAGCUAAAAUUACUGGAACUGUUUUCUUUUUUUCGGCAUUCAA